AUAAAUACAAACAUAGAAAAAAGGGGAAAAAAAAAAAUCCACUUCGCGAUUUGAAUUGAGUGGACAGAGAGGGAGAGAGAGAGAGAGGAGGAGAAGGGAAGUGGUGGAGGAAAUCGACUUCCGUGCUUCGCUCUUCGCCAUUUUCAUCAUCGGCGAGGUGAGAGGAGUCGCUCUCUCCGUUUCUUCGUCGCUCUCAUCGCAUUCCGAGGUCUCGCGAUCCUUGUCGAAUCCGAUUUAGCAGUGGCAACUGAAAACACUCCUCUCAUUAGCGAGUUGAAUUGAUGAAUUGUUGGACAAACAAGGAAAAUAGUCUUGAGUAACUUUUGUUUGGCUGGAAUUCUACAUGCAUGCAUUCUGGUUACCAUGCUCAGUCAAUGCCAUUAAGCUCGUACAUGUUUCUUUCCAGUGAUCCUAGAAUCCGUCAAAAGCUUGAGGUUCUUGGGCUGCACAAUGCUGAUAAGCUUGUUUAGCAAAUUGUGUUGUGGCUGCUAGAAUAAGUUCCAAUACUUUAAGGAACAGUUUUACAUUGUUUGGAGUUACAAUUUAUCUUGGCUAGCAAUACCUGUUUUUCAAGAUUGACGCAGAAAUAAGGGCAAAGAUUCAAUAUUUAUUUCCUUUUUCAUACAUACUGAAUUUUGAGUGGAGCCAAAGCCAAGACUUCUAGAUUUCAAUUGGCUGGAUUUUGUAACUAAUUUAAUGGUUCUGCUAGAAUGGCGUGGAAGAAAAUCCUCUCUGUGUUAUUGCUGUUGCUUCCUCUAGCUGAGUCUCUUGGCCGUUCCAGGAAACUGUUGCCUUUUUACUUGGUUAGUCAGUCAAACGUACUAUCGAGCUGGCCAAUUUUAAGUGCCGGAGUUUUUGUUGCUGUCUCACUUGUUCUCUCCUUAUUCCUAAUAUCCGAACACCUUGCUGUUUACAAUCAGCCUGAGGAGCAGAAGUUCUUGAUUGGUCUCAUUCUAAUGGUUCCUGUAUAUGCAGUUGAGUCGUUCUUUUCAUUGUUGAAUUCAAAUGUUGCAUUCAUUUGUGAACUUAUGCGGGACUGUUAUGAGGCGUUCGCUAUGUAUUGCUUUGAGAGAUAUUUGAUAGCAUGUUUAGGCGGUGAGGAAAGAACAAUUAAACUAAUGGAGUCUCAGACUGAAACCAGUUCUAGCACUCCUCUUCUGGAUCUUGAAUAUGAACAUGGAGUUGUGAGACACCCAUUUCCUUUGAGUUGCUUCUUGAGGAGCUGGUAUCUUGGUUCUGACUUCUACUAUGCUGUAAAAAUUGGUAUCGUCCAGUAUAUGAUACUUAAGCCGAUAUGUGCUAUAUUGGCAAUCAUCCUAGAACUUUUUGGAGUUUAUGGAGAAGGGAAGUUUGAAUGGCAAUAUGGAUAUCCGUAUUUGGCAGUUGUUCUAAAUUUCAGCCAGACAUGGGCCUUAUAUUGCCUUAUACAGUUCUAUUCUGCCACAAAAGAGAAGUUGGAACCUAUAAAGCCCCUGGCUAAGUUCCUGAUGUUCAAGUCUAUUGUAUUCUUAACAUGGUGGCAGGGUGUUGCUGUUGCAUUGCUUUUCUCCACAGGGGCUUUUAAAGGCCAUCUGGCACAAGAGCUGAAAACAGGCAUCCAAGACUAUAUUAUAUGCAUUGAGAUGGGUGUUGCUGCAGUGGUUCAUUUGAAAGUAUUUCCAGCUAAACCCUAUCAACAAGGAGAGAGAUGUAUUCGAAACGUUGCUGUGAUGUCUGAUUAUGCAUCGUUAGGGGCUCCUCCAGAUCCCGAAGAGGUUAGAGAGAGUGGAAGAUUGACUAAAAUGCAUCUCGUUCAACCUGAUGAUAGAGAGAGGCGGUUGAGUUUCCCACAAAGCGUUCGCGAUGUGGUUUUGGGAAGUGGUGAAAUUAUGGUUGAUGAUGUAAGAUACACAGUUUCUCAUGUGGUGGGACCAAUGGAGCGAGGGAUUGCUAGGAUUAAUGAGACACUUCAUCAAAUAUCUGAAAAUGUGAGGCAGAUCGAGAAUCGGAGAAGAAGAAAAUCCAAGGAUGAUAGCUACUUCAUUCCUAUGAAUUCAUGGUCGAAGGAAUUCUCAGAGGUACAUGACCUUCUUUCCGAAGGGAGCUUUAGUGACAGUGGAUUGACUAGGAAGAGACGCCGUGUGAAUUCAAAAUUUGCACCUCCACAUAUAUGGCAAUCAGAUGCAACUCCGGAGUGCGGAUCAUAUGGGUUCGGAGGCAGCAGAUGUUCUUAGUUUCCCGUACUAAUGAACUGACUUCAUGGCUAUCAGUUAGGCAUUGGCUUUACUCCCUGUUGGUUUUGGUUAUAUCAGGUAUAUAGAGCAUUCUAAUAUUUAACUGUGAACAAUAGCAAUUAAAUUUACCCUGCAAAAUGUGGAAAAUUUGAGGUAGUAUAGUCAAGUGGUGCUUUAACUUGUUUUGAAAUUUUGUAUUAGUUUGUAGGAGGAAUACAUAUUCUUUUUAAUACAAUAAUUUGCUAGGUUUUUCUUUUUUGAAGUUAA